CAAAGGUCCUGUAGCCACUAGGAAGUAACAUCUACAAACAAGUACUGAUAAUGUACUGACAAUGAUGCACAUGGUGACUUCAGAUGCCGGAUGAUGAGAACCCUUGUGGACUCGCCCAAGGAGGACCUAAGGCUCUGUUCACAUCACAGCUGUAAAUAUAUGUUGAGUGUGUACACUUGGAAGCAUAUUCUGUUGUAUACUCUAACGCGCCCAUAAACCCCCAAACUUUUAUCUAAUUGUGAUGGAAAGCAUCAACUUCACAAGUCAGGUUUCAACACUACAUCAUCCUACCAGUUAAUGUCUUUUUGCCAAGAUAAUUUUCCUGUCUAAUCCAGUAAUGAUGAAUAAGAACAGAAAUACGAUGGCCAAGAGGAUAUUAAAUAUCACCCUGGAGAUCAUCUACCUGCUGACUGGAAAGGAUUACACACUAGUGAAGAAGACAUCUAGUGAACACAGUCAAGCCAUGGUGUCUGAAGGAUUGCUUAGACUUCUGAGCCCCAUCACAGAGCCUCCACCUCAGAACCUGAUACAGGAAGAAAUCAAUGAGCAGAAGAUCCUAGAACUCGCCAACAAAAUCAGUGAGCUGCUGACUGGUGAGGUUUCUUUUAGGUGUCAGGAUGUCAUUGUCUGUUUCUCUAUGGAGGAGUGGGAGUACUUAGAAGAGCACAAAGAAAUGUACAAAGACAUCAUGAUGGAGAAUAACCAGCUUCUCACAUCAGUCUGUGUGUUUCCUACAGAUGACUUUAGCAAGAAAAGUACACCAGAGAGUUGUCCAAGCACUAUUUAUUCCCAGGAUUGUCCAGGAGAAAGACACAAUGUUCAACAGGAUUAUAAGGAUGAUGAUCUUAAUAACAUCAAAAUUGAAGUUAUAGUAGGAGAAGAAGAGGCAUGUAUGUUGGGCUAUCAACCGUGUAAGAAGGAGACAAUAUCUACAGCUAUCAGUCCAGAUGAUUGGACCGGUGGUUCAAAGGAAGAUUUUGUUUUAUCUUCAUAUAAUGGAGGCUUAGGUGGCAGUGUUAUUCAAGAUAAUUGUGGAGAACAGUACAUCACACCAAAUGUUCCCUUGGUCCUUCACAGCAGAGAUCUUUCCACAGAUCCCACUAAUCACAAAGACUCUUCAUCUAGUCAAUCACAGACUGUAAAACAAAAUAGAGGGCAUGGAGAAGAAAGACUAUUUCCUUGUUCUGAAUAUGAGACGUGCUUCAAAACGAUAUCUAAUCUUUCUAAGCACAAUUCAAGAAUUCACAGAAAUGAAAAUUCAUUUUCAUGUCCAGAAUGUGGGAAAUGUUUUAAAAAGAAAUCUAAUCUGUCUAUUCACAAAAGAAUUCAUAGAGAUGAAAGAAAAUUUGCAUGUCCGGAAUGUGGGAAAUGUUUUACCACAAAAUCAGAUCUUGUUAAACAUAAGAGAAUUCACACAGGGGAAAAACCAUUUUCAUGUUCAGAAUGUGGCAGAUGUUUUACCUGGAAAUCAGAUCUUGUUAAACAUCAGAGAAUUCACACAGGGGAAAAACCAUUUUCAUGUUUAGAUUGUGGGAAAUGCUUUACCCGGAAAUCAGAUCUUGUAAAACAUGAACGAAUUCACACGGGUAAAAAGCCAUAUUCAUGUUCAGAAUGUGCAAAAUGUUUCACCCAGAGAUCAAAUCUUGUUGAGCAUCAAAAAAUUCACACUGGACAAAGACCAUUUUCAUGUUCAGAAUGCAGAAGAUGUUUUACCCGGAAAUCAAAUCUUGUGGAACAUCUAAGAAUCCAUACAGGUGAGAAGCUUUCCUUAGGUUUGGAAUCUGGAAAACUUUGUACAAUGAAAGGUCCUGUUAAAAAAACAUUUGGUGUUUGGCCCUAGGGAGAAGCAUUUUUUUUUCUAUUUUGUAUGGGGAAUGUUUUAAUAAUGAGUCAGGUCUUAUUGAACAUCCUAAACUUCAAUUUCACACUUUUCCAUGAUGUUGAAAUUUUAUUAAAUGUUGUACACAUCGGAAAGGAGAGAUCCAUUGUAGGAUUUUACAGCAGAACAGUACCUGUGUAAUUUUUUUUUCUAGUAUACAUUAUUGGGCUUGGUACUAGUGGUUGAUAGAGUGGUGUAAUAGUUCUGUGCAUGCUGAGCCUAGGAUAGGAACUCACUGUAUACCCCAUUGAGCAUAGUAUAGUGCUUGGGCCUCAUAACUUCUACAGACUAUGUGGAAAUUAGUUAAAUGGCUUAUCCCAUGAUUAAUGUAAACAAUGAAAACCAGAUAUCAUAUAGUACACAACAUUUUUCUCCAGCAAACCUAGAACCAGCCCUGUACCUCACAUGGAUUCAGAGAUCUUCACAUUCUUUGCUCCAAUUGCUCUGAUAGAUAUAUUUCAAGCUGGCAGCUCAGGAUGUAUGUCCUUUCUGCUGCAGCUGGUGGCAGUUGAAGACUAGAAGUUGGAACCGAGCAUGUGCUUCCAUUUCAAUGAGCUGGACACAGAAUUUAGAAAACGAGCAAACAGCAAGUGGCGCUAUACAGAUGUAUUUCAAUAAAUAACUCGGCAACUAUACUAUGCAUUUUUAAUUAUAUGCAGUUACAAAGAUAUUCAUAUCCAGGAGCUGGUUUGAAAAAUUUAGAAUAUUUUUCAUGGAACAACCCCUUAAAGGGUUCCUUCACAUGCAGCAGAUUUUGUUGCAAAAAUGUUUUGCAAAUGAAAAUGAUUACAUUCAUCUGAAUGGUGUUUUGGUGUCAGGCAUGUGGAUAGAAAUUUCUACAACAAAAUUAUCAAGAAGAUGCAUUCUAUAAAUGCCCUGCUCAUUGGUCUAUGUAUGUUUAGUUUAUGGUCCCUUUACACGGGACAAUAAUAUAGCAGGUUUUUGGGAAGGAAGCGUUCCUUCCCGAAAAUCUGUUGAUCGCUAGUGAAGGAGACCGGUGCAUUUACAUGCAGCGAUCACCUCCAGCUUCUUCAGAGUAUGCUGAGGAGUGAUCGCUAAUGCCAUCACUCUUCCUCAUACUGUCUCUUGCCUCCUGGCAGCAGAUCAUGGUUACACAGCACGAUCUGCCACUGGGAAACGAUCUUUUGUGCUGCACAAAAGAUCCGAUUACCCCAUGAGCGAGUGUUUUGCUCAUUCAUCAGGUAAUUGGAGGUGCAUUUACACCGCAAGAUCAUAGCUAAUGAACAUUACUAGUAACGCUAGUUGGCGAUAAUCUGUUCAAUUGUCGGCCUGUGUAAAGGGCCCUUUAGUGCCAGUGCGUUUGUUUCACAGUGAGGAAAAUAUGAGAUCAGUUAAUUAAGAGAUAGGAGUCAUUGUGUUACUUAGUCAAGGAGGCUGGCAGCCAUUUGUCAGUGCUGCAACAUUUAAAGCUAUACAAUACAAUGUAUUAUUACUCACCCCAACCUUUAUCACGUAAUUCACAAUUGCAAACACAACAUUUUUAUAAUAUUAAUUUUGGUGCUGAUAGUGUGACAUAUUGAUCUGCGUCAUAGCUAUACUGUACUGGACUAUGUCCAAGUGACCUUUUAAAAAAAUAAAAAUUCAAAGUUAAUUACACUAAGUUGAUCACCGACUAGUGUAUCUGACAAAUUGUUCUGCAUCACAGUUACAGUAUAUUCUCCUGAACUCUAUUAUUAUUAUUUUUUAUUAUACUCUUAUAUAUCGCUGCUAUAUUCUGCAGCGCUUUAUUGACGUUAGUAUCACACUGUCCCCAAUGGGGCUCGCAAUUUAAGCUCCCUAUCAGUAUGUCUUUGGAGUGUGGGAAGAAACCGGAGUACACAGAGGAAACUCACGAAAACACAGGGAGAACAUACAAACUCCCUGUGUCACGGAAGGUGUACAGAAACUAGAAGACACAAAAUGAAGAUCCGACUGACUGGAUCCAAAACUAAGGAACAAAAGGGAGAGCCCUGC